CCACCACAGACUAUCGCGGCUAAAGUUGACUCUAUUCGCCAACCUGUGCUAUGUAUCAGUACAGGGUGUUUGAGUCCUGCUCAAGUGAGUAACACUCAGCCUGUACGUAGCAAACUGCAGUUAAUUAGGGAGGAUCACUGGCGGAAUAUGUCACUGUCGUGCUGGAGAGUCAUUGACGCACGGACCAUAUACAGUCUCGUUGGUAUUCGUGACGAUUUGAAGAAAUGGUGGAACACAAUUAUGCUAAUACUAAUUCCCAACGCCAGUCAUGUCCGAGCCAUGUAUCAUACAAGAAGCCAUUCAAUAAUUACUGUGACUCUCCCAUCUUAGUAUUCUUGGCAAACUUCUUGGUGACCUCGUCGUCCAUUGGACCCUUGGGGUUGGAGCUCAAGUUCUGGAGCACUGUUAGCUUGUUGCUGCUAGUGCCAUCCAUAACAGCUUUCUUAUUAUACAUACCUCGAGACCACUCUUGUUGGUUUGCUCCUUGUUAGAAGCAUCAUCAGUGCCCUUGCCGCUGGCUGGGGGGUCAUUGAGCUGUCUUCCGGACUGCUCCUCAGGAGGAGGGGACUGGGCAGCGCGAUCAGACAUGUUGAAGGUUUGGUGGUUGUUGUAAGAAUUGUGAUGGCAGAAUUGGCUGUCCUGAAGAAAUUGCAGAGAAGGGUGUUUUGAGGUGCGUUGUUUGUGUCAAGGAAAAGCUGGGUCAAAGUGAAGCUGAGCUUCUUAUACACACAGAAAGAUCCGUAACUGACAUCAGCACCUCCAUCGGGGAACUGCCGGCUGCUCAACGUCAACUUCAUCAUCCCGUCUCUCAAACACCAUUACAUCAUAUGCCCCCGCCAAAUGCAGGUGGCUUUCCAGAGCCCCGCUUUUUAUGUCGAGGGCUUGGCUUGGUGGGGCGCCAACUGAACCUGUCGGAAGUGCUGCAGUUAGCGAUCAGGGAGCCUCUGUUGCUCAUGGCAGUGUUUGUGGAGUGGUUCCAUUAGUUUUGCUCUGACUACAGCUGAUAUACUCAUUUGCUACACCAUGUACUAGGUGUUUAUAGCCCAAAAACAAUGGGAGUGUUGACAAAGAGCCGGGACGAGCGAGACAGCUCACCGCCUGGGCACCUCAGUUCGGCUCAAGCACAGACCCAAUUACAGCACGUGUCGCCUGUGGGGAGCUGUUCCAGCACUCAGACGACACCGCGCCAUUCUCCCGGCGAAAGCGUGUAAAGUGGUUUCGUGACAUGCUGCCUGAGUGUUUGACCCGGAAGCUGCUUGCGACUUCCUCGGCAUACGAAACGUGCCAUAAACAAAGGGUUUCAAUCACAUUGCAAUGCCCGACCUCAACUCCGUACCGCCUUCACCCCAUUUCCUCUCGCGUCGUGCAUCACAGCAGAUGCCACCACCGCCAGCCCCCAGUUCGCUGAUUCUGCCGUCAAACCAAGCCGCCGUACACAACCCAAACAGCACAUCCACUCCGGUACUGCCAUCACCGCAAUUCCCAGCGCCCAUCAGUCAAUUGCCCGGCAGCACCAUGACGACUGGCGACAACACUGGCGUUGGCCCCGGCCCCGGGCCAACUCGACACCCCCGGCCCCCAACUGCCGCAGAACUCCAUUCCGAACUUGAGAAGGAGCAGGAGGCUCGAAUCAACCGGCUUACCCGUGAACUCGCUGCCCUCAGGGCUCUCCACAACGAAUCUGUCGUCUCCAAUGCAUCCUCGACCAGCGCUACCGGCACCGAGCCAGGCGAUCCCCGUUCCGGUCGACACAUUCGCACACUUUCCAACACCAGCACGCGAAGCAAUAUGGGUUCAGUCUCGACCACAUCCAUGGCCGGAAUCUCGUCCCCCGCGCCUAUCCGUCCGAGUCCUUAUCCGACCACUGCCCUGGGCGGUGUUGCACUCUCCCGCCAGGGCAGUACCACUUCCCGCCGUAGUAGGGCUGGGUCACCAGCUCCUCUGGUGCACGGCUCCAGUUAUUCCAACGAGCCAACUUUGGCCAACUACUUCUCUUCCAGGGUCCCACACGUGAGCAGCAGUACCUCUGUGCUCGCCACCCCUGGCUCCACAAGCGACCUCUCGCCCGGUCUGAUCCCGGCCACAGACCGUUAUCAGGAGACGGCUUUCUACCGCGAGCAGCUCGAGGCCACCAAGCGAGAGAAUGAUGAGUUGAAGAAGAGAGUCCGCGAGCUCGAGAGAAUGGUUCGGGCCCGGAGAGGAAGUGAUGUCAGUGGCUCGGGAGCCACACCCGGUGCAGGUGCCUCACGCAGGGUUAGAAGUGAUAGUGUCAGUACGACAACAAGUGUUGCUGCCAGCGUUGCCACCAGUGCGACCGGAGCGGGUGGUAUUAGUGUGGCUGCCCAGAGACGGCCGAGGAUCACAAGUGCUACCAGCGGGCAGGGUGAUGGUGGUGCCUUGGAGCAGGAAGUCCGAGUUGGGGAGAGUGCGUCGAGCUCCGGGUUGCAAAGGGGGGUGGAUUUUCCUGCGAGGUAA